CAUCAAUCACGCUAAUUUUCAGCAACAGCAAAUUUCAAAAUUACUUUCAAUGUCAAUACAUUCAUCAACUAGUAGUGAUUGGGAAAAUGCCUUAAAAUUCAAAUAACCAUGGGAAUACUGUUUUGUUCGCCUUCACCUGCGGCAGCUAGAUCCGAAAAAAAGAAGCCCGAAACUGUCAUAAAUAUAUCGGAAAGUUGCGUGGAUAGGCUGACGAGAGAAGAAAAGGAAUCUGCUGAAAAACAAGCCUCAGCCGAAGUAUUGAACAUUCCACAAAACGUUUCCGAAAACGAUUGGAUAAUGAAACUUAAAUGCUUGGACGAUGCCCAUUCAAACACUUACGGCCUAACAGUGCAAGGCUUUUAUAAAUUAGCCGACGAAGUUGAGAGCAAUAUAGAGGAUGUGAGACCUAAUCUUUGCAGUGCUGUAGAUAUCAUCCAAUGUCUAAAAAAAAAUAAGUGCUGUUCAAUCAAAUGUAGAUCGCACAUGGACAGAUUUAUUGAUUGUGUGGACACCACUAGAAUCAACAUCAUAAAAGAACAAAUUGAGUGUGAUCUGAAGGAAAAAAGGAAAAAGGAAGCAGAAGAUGCGGAAAAUUUCUUAAGGAGCGAAUAAUUUGUACUCAAAUAAAUGCUGUUUUGGAAUGUUUUUAUUAUAAUAUUAUUCAAUUAACCACAAACUUUCAAUAACAAUAGAAAAAUCACAUGCUGAGUUUACCUUUUCUCUAAAUUUUUGAAUUUAGUCUCCAACCUUUUAGAAUAAGCAUCCAAUUUGUAGGCAGCUUGCUCCAAUUUAAUAACACUGUCUUCUAUUUGAUCAAUCUGCUGUAGAAGAGGAAUCAG